AUUUAUUUAUGCUAUAUUUAUUUAGCUGGUGUAGAUCUGAGGGCACAAUACGAAUACCAGGCGGCCUCGGAAUCGGACCAAACUUAUUCCCCGCUCCUUGACUUCAUCUCAGGGAAUGAACUACCUGGCAAAUGCCUUACAGCAGCUCUGCUCUUCAGUUCCUUUUGGGCGUGGCUUCCUGCGUAACAGCAGAAAGCGUCGUCAUGACGAUGUUACUUCCGUCGAGGGCGUGAAGGCGCCCACAACACGAGCGGGCGCCCAGACACAUGAAGAGUAUGUGACAGGGCCCGAGAAUGUCCGUAACACCUUGGAACUGCAGCCCUUGUUGGCGCCGGCAAGCAUUUCCGGCGUGCUGUUGCCAGCGUCCGACGGCAACCUUCUGCUGCCGGGACAGCAACAUGGAAACGCAACCAAGCGUAUUAGGCUCCCGUCCGAUGGGCCCUUGGCGCCCCUUUGGCCCAAAUCCUCAACCCAGACCAACAAGAUGGCAGGGGGGAACCGCCAACACGGAGAUAACCUUCAAAGCCAGCACGGGAUCGUACCCCCAAGAAUUGUAACAACAGCUGCAGGUGGCGUGACAACCUACGAUCGGAACAACAUUAAGAGCGCUGCACCCUCUCACGACGACCCGUACAACUUCACGGCCAACGAGAGCAGCCAUCAGGACAACAGCGAAGGCGGCGGGGUGCACGCUGACUGCCGAAGCGAUGGCCGUCGUCCCACCGGGCCACCCGCUGCAGCCGCAGCCUGCGGGGCUUCUCUGCAGGUCUCACCCAAAGUUCCGGCGCUUCCUCCUCUAGCCAAGCUUCUCAAGGCGGGCUGCAUAAGCGAUGUUCUGUGCAUGCAGGGUGUUUCGGAUUUGGGUCACGCCCAAACCGAGCAGCAAAGUCCCCAGGCGCCGCUUCCAGAGAUCCAGCUGACGUCUCAGAUGCAGGACCAACAGCGACCGUCCACGGAUCGCCGCUCAGGCCGCCAACACGUGCCCAACUCCACCCCAUCGUUUCAAGAUUCGCCCGAGUCCGACGAGCCCGAGGACAGCAUGGAUAUCACGUCUCUGGACAAGCCACCGUCACCGCUGUCACCGCCGCCGCCGCCACCGCCCAAGGCCCAUCCUUCAGCGGAAGACUUCCUCUCGGCUGCGUCCGCGAGCCUGCAACUGAUUUCGGCGCUGUCCGCACUCGUGCAUCAUAAUGUGUUGCCCAUCCCUGGCGACCUGGAAGCAACACUUGCACACAUGUACAUCAUCUGCAAGCGGGCUGGCACGGAGGCAACGAAGGACAAAACCCGCAACCCGCUGUGCACAGUCUCCGGAAAUACCCCGGCGGCCAGCAAGGGCAGAGUCCCGCCCACUCCUCGCCUGCAGAAGGCCGACUGGCUCCUCACGGUGCUGUGGCAGGUGGAGGUCGUCAGCAGCCAGUACCGCGGCGAGAUCUCGGACGUCAUCUACGACUACAUGGACAACCUACCCGCUAGUGCCAAGGAGCCCAAGCGUAGCACGCAGUGGUGGCGUUCCCGCCUGCUUGAGCUGCAGUUGGAGGUGCUGCAGGCGUGCGACUGGCGCGUGACAAUUACCGAGGAGGAGCUGGCGACUGCGGUGGCCGAGCUGAGGCAGGUCGGCGGCGGGGACAACGCAGAGAACAACGGCAGCCCAAGUUCCGCUGACUGCGCUUGCAGCGUCCUGAAGAGCAAGGUGACCACGACGGUGCACACGGCGAUCAACAGCAGCGGCGCACACCCGGCCAAGACGCCCGCCACGGGAGUCCGCCAGCCCGCCAGCUUUGCCGCGCAGCUGCGCAACAGCUUUGCUGGUGUCGGCAGCAGCUAUGGCAAUACCCGACCGGCCCCAAUGGUAACAAAGCGGCGAGCGGGAGCUAAGCCUCGGUCGACGGCGCUGUCACGGCUGGUGGCACGCAUCUUGGAGGACGCGGCCUGGCGGUCUGGUACACUCACUCCCAAGGAGACCGAGACGGUGUCCAUAGAGACUGUGUCCAUAGAGCAGUGAGCGACGCCGGUCUCACAGCAACAUGGAUGCGACUGGUUUCGACGGAGCAGUGUUGGUGGCGGCCUUGAUUGCCUUAAAUGGGAUGGUGACGUGACAGUGCAGCUUGAGAUAUGGCCGCACCUCGGCCCAGCCUGCGUGCUGCAUACAGUACAGCAGGAUUUCAGUCUAGUAGCUACAUGCGCAUAGCUUGGCGUACGACUUGGCAGGUUUGAUGUGGGUUAUUAUCUGGGACCGUGCAGGACGGGGUGCUACAGCACCUGGCAGGCUGGAGAAUGCUUAAGGAAGGAUGGAGGAAACCCUCGUGCAUGUGAAGAGGGGGCAAUGAUUUACGUGACGAAAUGUGCGCCAACAGCGCACACCGCCUAGCGUGGUAGGUUCGUGAUUA